AGCUGGGCACAUCCGCGUUAGGACUCGGAGACACGCCUUCUUCUCACACAAACCUUCCUGAUCCGAGUCGCCUCGGCGGACUCCCAGGGGUGGUGCUACCAGCCCUGCCACUUGCAGUCCUGACUGGCAGGGGCUGGGGACCGCCUGGCUUUGGAUCGACCCGGAGCCACAGGUUGGAAAAAGAAGGAGCCUUCCCCAUGCCUGUCGCCCUGUGAAGCAGACCGUGCGUGGUGGCUGGUGGUGAAGCCCGGAGUCCCAGGGCUCGGGAAGGGAAGGAGACGUCUCUGAAAUCUGACACCAGCCCUCUCGGCGCGGAAACUUCGCAGGCUGGUCUUUAACUGAAGAAUAGCAUCUGAAGAUACUAUUAUUACAAAUCAUGCAAGAAUUAUUCUCCAUUUGACUUAAUACACUGCAAAUUGAACAAGAAACCAACAUUUUUCUCUUCAUCUCAUCAUGCCCACCAACACCAUCACUAUGACCGAUGGGGACUAUGAUUAUCUGAUUAAACUCCUGGCCCUUGGAGAUUCAGGGGUGGGGAAGACGACAUUUCUUUAUAGAUACACAGAUAAUAAAUUCAACCCUAAAUUCAUCACUACAGUAGGAAUAGAUUUUCGGGAAAAGCGUGUGGUUUACAACACACAAGGACCAAAUGGAUCUUCUGGGAAAGCAUUCAAGGUGCAUCUGCAGCUUUGGGACACUGCAGGACAAGAGCGGUUCCGGAGCCUCACCACCGCCUUUUUCAGAGACGCCAUGGGCUUCUUGUUAAUGUUUGAUCUCACCAGUCAACAGAGCUUCUUAAAUGUCAGAAACUGGAUGAGCCAACUGCAAGCAAAUGCUUACUGUGAAAAUCCAGAUAUAGUAUUAAUUGGCAACAAGGCAGACCUGCCAGACCAGAGGGAAGUCAAUGAACGGCAAGCCCGAGACCUGGCGGAAAAAUACGGCAUACCAUAUUUUGAAACGAGUGCAGCGACUGGACAGAACGUAGAGAAAUCUGUGGAAACCCUUCUGGACUUAAUAAUGAAGCGAAUGGAACAGUGUGUAGAGAAGACACAAGCCCCUGAUGCUGUCAACGGUGGAAAUUCUGGAAAGCUAGAUGGGGAAAAGCCCACAGAGAAGAAAUGUGCCUGCUAGACUCUACCUAGGGACUGACAAUCAAGAACCCCACCCAAAUAUUCCUCCCCAAAGCAAUGAUAAGCUGCACAAUCAUUGUCGAGUAGACCAUGGACAAUGGCAUGUCUUUCUUUUUCUCCCAGAGUAUCUAUUUUAAGAAAUCAGAGUAGUCAACAGUGUUCAAACAAAUUAACCAAUUGUCCUGGAGGCCCUUCCAAACAAAAAUCAAAGAUUUUUAAAGGUGAUCUCACCAUCAUGGAUGCUCGAUUUGUUUUUAAUAAAGAAGUUGAGCCUAUAAGAGAAAAUAUAAGAAAGAAAUGUUGGUGAGUUUUAAAUGAGAACAAACAGCGCCUUUUCACAUUGGAGAAGGGGGGACAACUUAAAGGAGAAUGUGGAAAGUUGACUCUUUUAAAAAGAUUGUAUUUACUUCUCGUACAGAAUCUGAUAACCUAGUUCCACAUUUGCACUGGGGAAAAUAUAAUAGCAACAAUGGAUAUACAAUGAAGAAUUCUAUAUAGCUCAUAAAGAAUGACAUUACUGUGCAUACCCACUAAACUACACCAGAAUGCGCAAGUACUGCUAGCGUUGUGAGAGGGUGAUGGUCACAUUUCUGCUAAAAUAAGGAGAUUGUGAACAAUGUCAUUUUUAUAUUCCUAACAAGUGGCAGAUAGAUCACAGCAGAACCAUGAAUGACAGAGUAGAAGAGAAAUGCCUGAAGGAGAAAGGAAAAUGUGGGGAACAUGGCAUUUGAACAGCUGAGAUUAAUUGUAUCUGUUGCAGAUGCCUGGAAGAGUUACUUAGCCAAAUUUCUCUCAAGCCAAUUAGAAGCUGACAUUAUCCUUUGGGAUUAGGAGAGUCUCCAGAGGUUUCCAUUUGAAACAAAAUUUUAGGAAUCCAUUCAGGUGGUGUUCAACCUCACAUUUCAUUUUUCAUAGCAUAUGUUGAUAGUCACAAGGAGAAAUAAACUAUUGCUGUUUACUCAAUAUCUCUCUUAAAAAUGUAGUCUAGAAAAUCUAUCUAAUCCUAAAAAUUUUUUAAAGAUAAAAUAUGAAAACAAAAGUGACUCUCAAUUGUGGGUUUCCUUUGUUUACAAAAUCUGGGAAACUCUAAAUCACAUUUCUUCCCUCCAUGCUGGCUUUGAAUCCAUUGCAGUAAUACAAAUGUGUCAUUUGUAGAUUAGCAACUUCAGAAUAAUGAUGGGAUCAAUUCUGGGGUCACUCUGAAUUUUCAAAUUAUUAAUCACACAGAAAUUGAUGAUAUCUCUUAUUAAAUUUUUUUUUAAAUUUUGCCUAAGGCAAAAGAACAUCUAUGGUUGAGCUGUCUUUGAGGGGUGACCAAGAAUGGAGCUAUAUCUUAUCUCACCAAAAAUAUGGUCAGUUGUUCUAUUUUUUCACCUAAGUUGUCUUUUCUUUAUAAAUAUGGUCAUAAAAGUAUUUUUCAUUGGCCAGUUCUUAACGGUGUCUAAGCUAAUAUUACAUCAUUUUUUUUACCUUUGUUUCUGAUAACCAUUCCUAUAGCAACAUUAAGAAUCUUAUCAAUAACAAAGGCAAUGUAAUUCAAAUGUUCUCUUUCUGAGUAUAUGGCUUUUUGACAGCAUAGUUCCUCUACGUAUAAUUUUUUUCCACCCACACCUAGUUUUUUCCAUACUUUAUGCAUAUUUACUUUGUUAAAUCAAAUACAUUAGAGACAAAAUCCCAGCCCCUCCCUCCCAGUUUCAUAAGCACAGGCAGAUCCAAGGGACCGUCUGUUUAUAAGGUUCACGGGAUGGUCUAGACCCAGAAAUGUGCCACAGGUCAGAACAAUCUGGAAGCUUUGAUGGGACCAGUCCCCAUGUUGCUCUCUGACCUCUGGAGUGCGCCCCCAGCUUCUAAGAUGGAUCAUGGUGUUUUCUCUGGAGUGUUCUUCAAGAUCUCAAUGCCUGUACCACAAAGAUAGAAAAUUAUUAUCAAAAUUUAAGAUAUUUCUUCUGGAAAGAAAGUGGAGAGGAAUGAUAAAAACCACUGCUAUGGCAAAGUUUGGCGAACUUUUGUGGUCAUGAUAAUAAUUUCUUCUUUGGAUUCAAAUUGUGAUGUCCCCUGCAUUUCCCUAAUAGGGAGUGUUUGGUCUCUAUAAAAUGCCAAAGCAAUUAUUUUGUUUUGAUACAUCUUUUAGUUCCUCUUCAUUUUCCAGUUACAUGAUUGAUUUACUUAUGCCAAGAUUCUGUCACUGUCAGUUAUUUAAUGAGUAUUUUUUUUCAGGGUCUUUUUUAAUAUAAUUAUUUGAUAGUUGUAGCGUGAAGCAGAAGGUGAUGGUGCCUGUAAUUAUAGAACUAUGCUUGUAAAAAUAACAGUUAUUGGGUAACAAUCUCAACAGGAAUGAAAUUUUAAGAUUGGCCAAAAAAAUGAACAUAUUAUUCUACUUACAAAUAAAAAACUUGCCUAAAAAAUAUUUUCUCAGGAAAAUUUGACACCUGACCCCAAAUCUCUGUAAUCCAUUGUUAGAAUUUUCCUCUGUCAUUAUAUCAGGAUUAAUAGCUCUGUAUUAAUUCAUUUUAUAAUUUCAAACUGAUCUGAUACCAUGAGUAUAGAAUUUCAUAUUAUUUAUCCCAGAACAACAUAUAUUUUUAGCCACGAUGUGUCCUGUUACUAAUUAUCUCCCAGAUGCUUUAGUAAACCAUACUAUAUUUUGGAGACAUAUUUUAAAAGUACAUGAAACUCCUUCCUGAUACAGAAUUCACUUCUGGAGUUUACACUGGUUUGAUGUUUACAUUUCCCUAACUCAGUGCCUAAGAUACCUUUGUGACCAAAUUCAUCUCCAGCCACAUAGCUCACUUCCUCUAAGCUUAUGUUUUAGGAGGACUUCACAGAGACAGACCCCACACAGCUAAAGGUCUUCUGAGAUCUUCAGCAAAAGAUUCAAGGACUUCUUGGUAUCAGGUGAUAAUCACCCCUUUCUCUUAAUUUCCUAGCUUACUUCUCAUGGAUGGGAAUUCCUUGAGACUCUUGAAUGUGAUUAGGUACAAGGCUAUCCUUUCAUGUAAAAACAGGUCUUUUGAAAAAUGUACCAAAAAGAGUUGAGAAAAUGUAAUGUUUGCCUUGAUCAGCUGAUGGAAGCCAGUCAUGAAUUAGCAAAGAAAAUGCUGAAUGUUGGGAGCUGCAUUUGUGUCUCUUUCCCUAAGAGUAUUCAAAUUUAUAAUUUAUCUCUCCAGCCAGUUGUGCUAUCACGUCCAUAUUAUCAGCUAUCACACCACAAAAAAACUUCAAAACCAGCAUUUUCUAGUACUUUAUCUGUUAUUUUUAACCAGAUGGGCCAUUCUGUGUCUCAGUCUUUGUCUUGCACCUACAAUAAGUUCUUGUUUGUCCAUCUCUUUUUCAACAGAUAAGAUGAACUGGAUCAGCCUUAUUUUGCUCCCUUGAUAGGAAAGAGAAGCUUGACUAUAAGGAAAGAUACAUUAAAUAUUAAUUCAAGAGCAGCCACAAUACAAAGUUCUUUAACUUUACUAAUAAAGUAUUAAGCUGCACGUUGAGUGUGCUGGGACUCAACAAAUGUGACGGAGCCCACGUCUCUUCUUGUUGCCAAUGAGCGAGUACAGAUGUUAGGGUCUACACGGUGCACGGGUGAAGUGAACGAGGAGGCAUAGGUGUGACCCAGAAUCUUGUCCCAUGAAACAAGUUCACUCCCCAUUCCUGCUUCUCUGCUCACUUAAGGAUGUGCAGGCUUUCCUAGUGGUGUAUCACACCAGAAAUUUGAGCAAAUAUCCUCCUACCUAAGGAUUUAGAGUUAUACUCUCAAACUCAAACUAUCAAAAAUAAUUUUCCAAGUCUCUGGAUUCCUAAAAUGCAUAAUAACUCUAAAAGGGAGAUUUGAAAGCUGUGAUGUUAGCCAAAGUGUUAGAAGAGUUCUUUCACCUUCUAUCGCCAUGCUUUAUAGCAUUAGAGGAAGUCUAGGUGUUUGCAUCUUUUAGAGGAAAUAUGAGCUAUAUCAUAUUUAAAGAUGUCAAGAUACUGUCUGUAUUUGAAAAGGUUGUCUAAAAAUCUUCCAUAAGUUAUAUUUUCUUGAUUUUUUGAGAUAUCGGCUUAUUUCUGGGAGAGUGCUGAGCUCUUAAACAUGAAAGUGGAUGUAGAAUAUUCUCUGCAUGUGGGCUCAGUGCUUUAUAAAUCUCUGAAGCUGCUUAUCUCAUAAUGUAGAGCUUUAGAUAAAAAUUGUUAUAUAUACAUAGGAGAUUUUAUAAAAUUUUUGCCUUUGAAUUCUUGGGUAGAGACCCAACCACAAUGAUAUUGGUGAAUAAGAACUAGGAAGAACAACAACAA